ACGCUACAUUUGCAUGCUUCUCUGCCUUCUCAUUUUCUCUCUCAACACACAAUACUUAUUAUUACUUUGCAAGCUGAAUCAAAGGGAGAACACGAAGAAAAAGCUUUGAAAUAGAGUAUUCAUGGCUGUUGAGGCAAGUCAGCAUAGUCUUUACCAUCCUCAAAUGAUGAUAACUAACGCCAUUGAUAAUCAAGGAAACGGUAUUAAUGGCCCUUUAGGUUACGGAAUUGGUGGUCAUCCUUUCCCCACAACGACCACUGCGAUGUUCUGCUCUGGUUUUACCGAUUCGAUGAACCCUCUUCCGGCGAAUACUGCUAAUCUGAAAUCCGAGAGUGGCCUCACGUGCAGUCUUCCUGUAAUUUCUAGAAAGCGAACUCGGGAUUCUUCUGAUAUCAAUACCUUGUUUUCCUUCGUUAACAGUCACAACAUGAAUCGCAAUCAAAUGGAGAGUUGUGGAGCCUAUACGUUUCUCGGAGAGGACAUCUCUUUACAGAUCCAACAACAGCAAUUAGAGAUCGAUCAAUUCGUCGCUCAUCAUACGGAAAAAGUGAGACUCGAUAUCGAAGAGAGACGAAAGAGAAAUUCAAGGAGAUUAAUAGCAGCAGUAGAGGAAGGAAUCUCGAAGAGACUAAGAGCAAAAGAAGAAGAAAUCGUGAAGAUCUCGAAAUUAAAUUGGGCAUUGGAAGAGAAAGUGAAAUCCCUAUGUGUAGAGAAUCAAAUCUGGAGAGAAUUAGCUCAAACCAACGAAGCAACAGCAAACGCAUUACGUAGCAACUUGAAACAAGUCCUCGAACAAGUCGUCCAUGACGAUUUCCGCCACCGUAGCACGGCGGCGUGUGUAGACGACGCCGAAGACGCACAAUCAUGCUGCGAAAGCAACAACGAAGAACAACAACAACAACGAAUCGGUCAUCAUCAUGAUAAUAAUCAUAACAACAUGAAUGAUGAUUGUAGCAGUAGCAACAACAACAGAUCGUGCAAGAAAUGUGGUCAGGAAGAAUCAUGCGUGUUGCUUCUUCCUUGCAGGCAUCUCUGUCUUUGCACAGUAUGUGCUUCCUCUGUUAACAUUUGUCCUGUUUGUAAAUCCACAAAGAACAUCAGUGUUCAUGUGAACUUGUCCUGAUAAUUAAACUUUUUUUUUUCUUUUCUUCAAUUCAAUAUUACAAUGACAAAUAGUUUCAAGAAAACUAACAAAUUGUAGCCAUUUUUGUUGUUCAAUGUUUCAAUAGUGUUAAUCGAAUGAGCAAA